AUGUACUCUUCAUCUUCCUUGGAAUUGUCAGUAUUGAGAGAGUAUUGGGAUAAAGACGGUAAUCAUACACAUAAAGGGCCAAUGCUAACAAAUACUUCCUGUGAACCUGGCUCAGUCCACACUGGGAGCGCAAAGCGAGCUUGUAAGAACAAUCCGAUCACUAUUGCCGGUUUCAUGUUGAAUUGA